ACUAAUCAUAGUUAGUAGUCUCCUCUACUAACUAUGUACUAAUUCAUGAAGUACGGGUGUUGAUUCCGAAGCCGACCUUGGAUAAGCAAAAGAAAACUUCGGCGUCGGAACUAAAGCAGUUACACAGUCGAAAUUCCAGCCUAGACUAGUUGGGAAGAACGGCUGAGCCGUAUCAAAUGAAAGUGGACUUAAAGCGACGAACUUUUCUUGUACACACAUGGUGAUGUAAAGUUCAGCGUUAAAACCGAGCAUACGUUAGAAUGAAAGGCUUCAUAGGCGCACAAGCAGUAAAGGCUGUGGACCACAAGAUCGACCCGACGGAAUUGAUGGAAAACUGGUAACUACAGGUAUUCCUAGGAAGCGUGCGAAAAUCGUCGAGGUGAAGUAAUAAAUCGGUAUUGUCUAGGAACGAUCCAGUGUUACCGGUCGGCUGUCAUACGCCUUGUGGGAUGAAUCUCGUGGCCUUUCUCGUCGCACAGUGAUAUGAUUCCACCGGAAACGAGCGACACAUGGGUAAGAUCCCUUGGUAAAGAUUUAGUAAUCUGAGUAGUUGUAACGUGUUUAUUUGAGGAUCCGGGGCUCAAGUUUAACGCGCUGUUUGUAAAUUUAUGUGGCAAUCCAAUGCAAAUUAAUGACCAGUUGACGAUGAUGUUGGCGAGUAUUGUGUGUCGUGAUUUACGCUGGAGAAGGUGACUUACCGCUCGCUAAUGAGGGAGUUCAACUCAACAGAUGCCUAAAAUUCCCCACACGGUUAUUGGCUUCGACCUCUCUUUGCAAAGGAUCUAGAGUCAAGACGUCAGUUAUAACCCUUUUAAUCAAUCGCCGACCAUACUCAGGGACGUUAAAUGGCUUUCUUUUGUCCGUCCGUAAUUGGAAGAAAUAGGAAACCUGCCAACUCAGGGAAGUUUAAAGUUUAUACAAUGAAAAAGGCAAGGAAAAUGAAGCUGCAUACAUUGAAUCCACUAUUACCGGGCGGCGGCGGACAAACAGAGCUGGGCAUUGACCAACAAGAUGAUGAUAGUGACAGUGGUAUAAGUCAGGUGUAUAACCCAGUCAGUACAUACAGACGCGCACAGUUCUCUCUUCCAGACAUUGCAAAAACUGAACUAGCAUCAAAGCUUUUAGCCGCCACUCCAGCUCAUCCAGCUCACAUUAAGGCCAGAGUUCUAUGGAGAUAUAUUGCUGUUGAACGAACAGACUUACAAGUCGAAAAAGGCGAAAUUAUACUACUUCUUUACCGAGAAAAAAGCAAGGUUUAUGCUGUCAACAACAAAGGAAAGAGUGGGUUUAUACCCUUUAAUUACUGCACUGUAUUAAGGAAAAACGAUUUUGUGUCAAAUGUUUACCAUCCUCAAAGUGAGAGAACAAACUACGAAAAAUGUUCAUGGCAAACAAAUGGCUGCCAUCACGAGUUUGUAGAUGCCUCUUAUUACUCAAGAACAGUUACUUCCACUAAUUCCCAUAUUCAUCGAAGUCGGAGUGAGGAAUCUCUUUGUUCUCACAACGACUGUGAGUCGCUAAGUAGGAAAAUUUCAUCGUCACUAGAAGACUUAUCCGACGACAAUCGAAUUGCCACGAUGAUGUCCGAUCUUAUUAACUGGGAUCGCAAAGCUCCUGAGACCUACAGGCGUCGGCAGAAAGUUCAAGUGAGCCAUUUCCGAAAGUUUGAAAAUGAGUCUGUAAUGGUUUUAUUUGACUUUCAUGCCGCUGAUGAGAAUGAUGUGGACGUUCAGCGAGGAGAAGUCGUGACGGUUUUCAAUAGAGAUGAUCAGGAUUGGUGGUGGGUAAUGAGAGAUGACGGGUUGGAAGGAUUCAUUCCAAGUUCUUAUGUGUCUAUUGAAGCAGUUCGAAUGUCUCCAGAAUGCACACCAAGGAGUACAGAUAGUUCAGUUGGUAGCUCAGAGGGAAGCAUUAAUCAAGUCAGGUUCCAAGAUCCACUCUGCACUAUACACAGUUACGAGAUAGAGCACUCGGACUCAGACUCUGUUGGACCACAUGAAACACAUGACUCAGAUGACGAGGAAAUGUACAUGGACUCAAAGUGGAGUACGUGGUGUUGAAGUAAAAAUGUAAUAGGGUUCGUCACUUGAGCAUAGAUAACUUCAUUACUAUUAAGAGAUGUGAAGUGUAAGAGACAAACAGUUUAUCAGAUAAACCUACUUUUCGGGAAGUUUUCAAAUCUUUAUUUGGUUUCUUUUCCUCAGCCUUGUGUAAAUCCGAAAUAUUCUUUUUGCAAUCAUUUUUGCAAGCUGUUGAAGGAAAUUUUCUCCAGCCGCUAAAAAACAGCAAUUUCAGCUUACCACAGGCUAGUUCAUCUUUAUAAACAUGUAAACGUAAAUUUUCUGUGGGAAAUUCAUCCAGCUCCUUAUCGUGUGCAUUUCCUCUAAGACUUAUGUAAUAAGUAAGAAUUAAAAUUUAAGUAAGUUCUUAAACUGUUGUAUUCAAGUUUGUGAGAUGGCAUCAUUUCUAUCAUUGGUAUAAAUAUUAUUCCUGAAAAUUGAUCCAUGUUUAUGAUAAAAGCAAACAUAACUUAGGUAGAAUUACCUCCGGGGUAAAUGGCGUUUGUACCCUUUUCUCCGUUGAAGGCCGAUGUUUAACUGAUUCGCAGGCCCGGUGGUAGCUUCAGAUUUCGCUGAAAACUAAUAUUUUGACACUUACUCACUCUGCUUAUCAGCCUGGGGUUAUAUUUCCCCUACUGAACUUAUCGUUCCCUUACCCAUUUUCCCUGGCCGAUUGGCCAAGUGGAUUUAAAACAAUCUGGAUACAAUCCAUACUUCCGGCCGGCGUCACUUUACGAAGGGUUAAACUGAUAUCUUUUUCCUUUUCUUUUCUUUCGCGCUGAAACUCGUCUUUCUAUAUUAUCAAUUGGACUGCGGAUAUAACUUGUUCUGAGCUGUAAACGGUUUACUCAGACCUUUCAAUUGGCCUUCGGUAGACACCUCUCUCUGCUCUUAUUUCCUCGCUCUCUUGGUGGUAAUCUAAGCGAAAUUAGUAUAAAUUUACAAGCGCUCUAUCGCAAAUGUCGUAACCUUAUUGGCUGCAUAGCUCACUCUCUAUUCCAUGAUGGAUGGUGAGUGUGAUACAGUUUUCAACUGUAAAAGUCAAAGUAGUUACGAUGUUGAGAAUAGAAGAUCAAAUGAGGGAAACCAACGCGCCAUGCCGAUAUUUCAAUGGAGCCUUCGUUAAGUAUUUAAUCACCUUAGUGGUUACAUUAUAAAAUGAAAAGAGUAGCAGUGAAGUAUGUUCGCAAGUUCUAAAAGGUUAAAAUUCUUACAAUUCUCUAAAAAAUAUUCUAUCAAAGUCUGAAGUGACUUGAGGUUGGUUAAAAUCUUAAGAAUAUAAGUUUUCACCUUUGCUUUUAAAUAGAUAAAACGUAUGUCUUUUCUUAGGCAAUUAUUGGCCAGGCUGUUUCAGUCUUCAUUAUACACGUGGUGUGACCUUAGUUGUAUCAUUACACA